CAGUCCUGAAUUGACUCAACUCACACAUUCUGACUCUAAUUUCAUAAUUCAUGCUGAUGUUCUUGUCUUGCCUGUUUGUUUGAAUGACAAUGGACAACAAAUCUUUUUGGUUAAUCUCUGACUUAACCCUGGAUCCUUUUCUUAUCCCAGCAGGAGGGAAGUAUGCCAUAUUUCUGUUUGGCGUGACAGUUUAUGUUUUCAUCGUUGUAUGUAACCUGAUCCUAUUGUUGCUCAUCAUUCUGAAGAAAAACCUCCAUAAACCCAUGUACUUCAUCCUGUUCAGUCUUCCUCUUAACGACCUGAUCGGAAUAUCCACCAUGCUGCCCAAAGUGCUGUCAGACAUUGUCACUGAGACCAACAGGGUCCAAUAUCCUCUGUGUGUUUUACAAGCCUUCCUGCUGCACAUGUACGGCGGUGGUAUUUUGUUCAUCCUCGCAGCCAUGUCUUUCGAUCGUUAUGUUGCUAUCUGCAUGCCGCUGCGUUACAACUCUGUCAUGACCCCCAGGGUUCUCAUUUGCAUCAUUGCUGUAGUCUGGGGUCUGGACUUUGCUCUGAUUGUGUUGCUGUUUUCGCUGCAGACCAGGCUGCCGAGGUGCAGGUCCGCCAUCAUGAACGUGUUCUGUGAUAACCCGUCUCUUCUCAAGCUCACGUGUGAGAGCACCACAGUCAACAACAUUAUAGGACUGUUCAACACAGCCAUCAUGCAGGCUGUGAGUCUGUCCAUCCAGGCGUUCUCCUACGCCAAGAUCCUCUUGGCUUGUCUGCUCACCAGUAGACCUGAAGCUAAGAUGAAAGCUGUCAACACCUGUGUUGCACAGUUGGUGAUUUUGAUCAUAUUUGAGAUCGUGGGGAUGUUCACUAUUUUAUCCCACAGAUUUAGAAAUAUCUCAUCCGACCUGCAAAAGAUAAUGGGCAUGCUGAUAUUUGUUAUUCCCCCGCUUCUGAAUCCCAUCGUGUACGGGCUUUACACCAGUGAAAUCAGAAACACACUCCUCACAGUCCUGAGAACAAAAGUUACCCCCUGA